AUGGUAAGGAAGUUAGCUUUUCGUACAAGAGGAAGAUCAGUUCAAUCCCUUGAUAACAAUGGCCCCCGAGAGGAAACCCAACAGGGUGGAGAUGGUCGAUUAUUUUUACAAAUAAAGCCAGCGUUAGCAGAUCCAAGAGCUGCACAUCCAGCACUUCAACGAUCUAGUACAAUACUAACUGGCAAUGAUUAUAUGAAUAAGGAAAGUGGGAAGGAUGAUGUUCUUAAUCUGCAGGCUGUGGGCGAAGGAAAGGUGCAACUUUUUAGAACUCCACAGGAAAAGGAUCGUCUACCUGAUAGAAUAAGUCUUGACAGACGAGGCCUUUCCUCCAUACCCAAUAUAGUCGGUGAACCGACCUUACGUCUGUUAUCAUUACAACAUAAUUUAAUAAAUAGUCUGUCAGGAUUAUCUCCGCUUGAGUUAGGAAAGCUUGUAUUCCUUGACGUAUAUGAUAAUCAGAUCGAUAAAAUUACUUCCCUUGAAAAACUCUUUAAUUUGAGAGUUUUACUGAUGGGUAAAAACAGGAUAAAAAGAAUUGAAGGCUUAGCAAAUCUUCUAAAAUUGGAGGUGUUAGAUUUACAUGGUAAUAGAAUAUCUAAAGUAAGUGGUUUAUCUAAUCUUGGUGAGCUGAAAGUGCUCAAUUUGGCCGGCAAUCAAAUUAAAAGUAUAGGUUCGAACGAUCUCCAAGGCAUGAUAUCACUGAGAGAAUUGAAUCUAAAAAGAAAUAAGUUGAGAAAAUUACUAGGCUUUCAACAUACAACUAAGUUACAAAAGUUAUUUCUCAGUAACAAUGACUUGCAGAGUGUAGAAGAUGUAUCUUCUCUUGCAGAAGCCAUUUCUCUAAUAGAAGUUAAUUUAGAUGGUAAUCCAGUAGGGUUGGGAGGCGAUUGUACACCAUUUCUUGUUUCAUAUUUACCAAAUCUAGUAACUCUAUCAAGCAUGCAUGUUACUGAACAGGUUCGCACAGCGGCAAUGGCAUGGAGAAAUAACAAAGAAGCCGCUCAUGCAGCGUAUUGCGCGUUAGGUGGAUCAGCGCAACAAGCUGCCCGUCGUGAUCAGAUAAUUCACAAUGCACGCACUAACUGGGAAUUGCUAAGAUCUGAAAAUAAAUGUUUUGCAACCGCAAGUGCAAUGAAAAACGACAACUUAGAAAAAGAGUUUGUAUUAGACACACCUGUCACGCAGAGUGGAAGCACACAGACAAUGGAUAUAGCACCAUUCACUGAUGUGUCAGUGUCUUUGCACCAGGGAGAUACCGAAGAUUCUGAUUGUAAAAAUAAUAACAGCGAUGCAAGCACAAAAGCGGUGUCUGAUGAGAGUAAAAACAAAUCAACGACACGCAAAUUGCAAAGGAGCUCGACUGGUCUUAAAAUUUCAGAAAAAAGAGUAAAUUUUUCAGAGAGAAGCGCUUCCCAAGACACUGACGUCUCACAUUCCACAUCAACAAGCAGCGACAUAAGACUACCACCUAUACUGUUGCCAAUCAUUUCAUCCUUAGAAAACGUUAAGCUUGCAGAUGGCACAGAAUCUGCAUUGAAAAGAUGGGAAAGCAUUUCUAGCGUAGACCCAAUUAUAGAUUCUUCGUUUAGUUCAUUUCCUUCUUCGAGUAGUGAUAGCGAAGACGAAACAAAUAAAAAGCCGCUUAAAAGGAUGCCAACAGUAUUAAGAAACAGGGAAAAAUUCAGCACUUUCCGUUCCAAAUCUGUGUGCGAUCCCGAAAGUCGAAAAGUUAAAGCCAAUAAAAACUCCGAUUACAGUGAGAACGUCAGUAAUAUAUCUUGUAGUACCAAUGUAGGUUCUGUUGCCACUUCUUCAACGUCAGGUAGUGAUCACAGUAAUAAGACUUUGCGUCGAGAAGGUUCUCUUAAUAGUAGGAUAAGUAACAGGAAUGUAAGAAGUGCUACAAUAUCUCGACGAAGUGAAAGAGCCUCAUCCGCACAUCGAGCUUCUACAGCCAGAGCUAAAUCGGGAAAAAGUUUAGCUAGCUUGAAAUCGUCGGAACCUGUUGCAAAACCAGUGCCGGUUUCUAAAGAUAGAGAACAAGGAGUCGAUUACCUAGUAGAAGUAUGCGAUGGUACAGUGAGUGCCUGGGGAACGGGUGCAGUGCGUCGCCUGGCAAGGGACUGGGACUGGGAACGAGCGCGUACUGUUACCCGAGCAGCAUUUCAUUAUGUACAUUUUAAUGCAGUCGCUCAAUCUUUAUCGGAGUUAAAAACCAAAUUUCCGAAUAUUAUGCAUAUAUCUGUUCGAGCUACGGGUCUACAGUAUCUUGGUCAACUGCACGCAUUAGCUGAAUUGCGUGGAAUUACCAGUUUAACAAUAUUGCCUGAAGGCAAUCCAAUAUGUGAAAAGAUUUGGCGGGAGUACACUAUUUAUAGACUUACUCACUGGGGUUUGAAGGAAAUUAAUGAUGAGCAGGUGACGGAGGAGGAAAUAAAAUCAGCAAAUAAAACUUACGAUGGGUUAAGCGAUAUAGUGUUACGAGCUCUACCGGACGCACCGCUGCAGCCUCUCUUGUCGCGACUAGGUAGAAGUGGAAACAGUGGUACUAGUGCUAAGGCUUGGCUGAGGGCAGCUGACCCAGCUUUGAGAGAUGUAAUUGCAAAAGAGGCUCUCCAAUUCAAAAAGGGACAGGUAUCCCAGGAAGAUAUGAGCUGGCGUGUUCGCGGUCGUGGUCAGUUAUCUCAUGCCAUCGAGCUAGCUUGUGGAGCGGCCCAACGCCUUCGCAUUCUUGAACUCCAGUGGCCAACAAUAUUUGUAGAAAUGAUCGAAGAUGUUUUAAGGGAUUUUGUAGAUAUGGAUAAUCACGUUAAAGAACAGAUUCGUAUGCUUUCAGAUUCAUUGUAA